UUUCCAAAGCAACUACUUGCCACGCCGCAAGCUGCAGGGCCAUCUCUGGAGCUCUCGGCUUAACCUCCAACUACAUUGGUUUGGGUAAUGUGGCUAAAUUGUUGUCUGUUUUACAACCUCUCUGAUCAGUUAUUUUGGUGAGCGCACCAAAACCAUUAAAAUGGUCACCAAAGUUAUGCAAGUCAGAUUCAGGUUGUGAUAAAGAAGAAUUAUCCUUAUAGUCUGACAGGAGGGCAAGUCAAAGUCUCAAGUGUGCAACUCUGAGGAAUGGCAUGCCGAGGGAUCUCCUUAAGCAAUGAAUUCAGCUACAUUGAUACGUUGAGAUGACACCGUGUAUAUAUACUGUUGAAAAGCAGUGAGCGUGACUUAUUGUAAGGCUUGAGACAGGUACUUUUAGUGUUUGCAGAUGUCAAGCAGGAGUAAUGAUUGCAGUAAUAUCAGUGGACACCAUCAGGAAUGUUUUCUCAAACGAGCCAAACAUCGACAAUCUCUGCGGAGCAAUUCGCGUGGGUUUUAUAACUGUUGGAGGCAAAUCCUACGUGCUGGAACCCUCUGCUGAUCACUCCGAUGGGACUCACUGGAUCUACACUGCAGAACACCUCAAUUUUGCCUCUGGCACCUGUGGCCAUGAUCUCAACAUUUCCUACCCCAUUGAACAUGCCGACAGCAGUCCGUUUAGGGCUUUCGGCACACGGCAUAAACGCCACGUCCAGACUACGACGAAGUAUGUGGAGCUGAUCAUCGUGGCCGACAACCGAGAGUUUCAGAAGCAAGGCAAGGACAUGGAGAAGGUCAAGCAGCGACUGGCAGAGAUCGCCAAUUACGUGGACAAGUUCUACCGGGCUCUGAAUAUCCGUGUUGCCCUGGUGGGCCUGGAGGUAUGGAGUGAUAUGGACAAGUGCCCCAUCACCCAGGACCCCUUCACCACCUUGCAUGAGUUCCUCGACUGGAGGAAGGUCAAGCUGCUGCCCCAGAAGCCCCAUGACAACGCCCAGCUCAUCAGUGGAGUCUACUUCCAGGGCACCACCAUUGGUAUGGCACCCAUCAUGAGCAUGUGCACAGCAGAGCAGUCGGGAGGAAUCGUCAUGGACCAUUCGGACAACCCCCUCGGCGCUGCAGUCACUCUUGCCCACGAGCUCGGACACAACUUUGGAAUGAACCAUGACACCCCAGAGAGGGGGUGUGGCUGCAGGGUGACCGUGGAUCGCGGAGGCUGCAUCAUGACUCCCUCCACGGGGUAUCCGUUCCCCACAGUGUUCAGCAGCUGCAGCAAGAAGGACCUCACGGCCAGUUUUGAAAAAGGCGUUGGGAUGUGUCUGUUCAACAUGCCUGAGGUGAAGGUGCUCUACGGAGGGCAAAAAUGUGGCAACGACUAUGUGGAGGAGGGAGAGGAGUGUGACUGUGGCGAGCUUGAGGAAUGUAUGAAUCCCUGCUGCAAUGCUUCUACCUGCACUCUGAAGGUGGAUGCUGUAUGUGCACACGGGCAGUGCUGCCACGACUGUCAGCUGAAGCCAGCAGGCACUUCAUGCCGUGAAUCCAUUCACUCUUGUGAUCUGCCUGAGUUCUGCACCGGCACCAGCGCUCACUGCCCCUCCAACGUCUACCUGCACGACGGCCACACCUGCCACCACGUGGACGGCUACUGUUAUAACGGCAUCUGCCAGACUCACGAGCAGCAAUGCAUCACACUGUGGGGACCAGGAGCAAAGCCAGCCCCGGGCAUCUGCUUUCAAAGAGUCAACUCAGCAGGAGACCCUUACGGCAACUGCGGCAAGGACUCCAAAGGCUCCUUUGCCAAAUGUGAAGCACGAGAUGCUAAAUGUGGCAAAAUCCAGUGUCAAGGAGGAGCUAACCGCCCAGUGAUUGGGACCAACGCUGUUUCCAUAGAGACCAACAUCCCCAUGCAGGAAGGGGGAAAGAUACUGUGCCGAGGCACACAUGUGUACCUGGGCGAUGACAUGCCCGACCCCGGCCUCGUCCUGACGGGGACUAAGUGUGGAGAUGGACUGAUGUGCCUGAAUCGUCAGUGCCAGAACGUCAGUGUCUUCGGUGUGCAUGCGUGCUCAGCCAAGUGCAGCAGUCGAGGGGUGUGCAACAACAACAAGAACUGUCACUGCGAGGCUCACUGGGCACCUCCCUUCUGUGACGCGGCGGGUUUCGGAGGGAGCGUGGACAGCGGCUCCAUCAGAUUAGCAAGCGGGGUCAACCUGACGGUGGGCGUACUGGUGGCUCUCCUCACCGUGCUGGGAGCGCUGCUGAUCGUCUGCAUCAAGAGGAAAGCUCUACUGGGCCGGCUCGUCACCAGUAAAAAGAACCCAAUGGAGAAGCUCAGAUCGGUAAGCGAUGCAAUCAGCGGACCGUCGGCUUUGAACCCGCCCCCGCCUUUCAGCACCAUGUCUCCAUCCCGCCCGGCCCCGCCUCUGCCUCACAGCGCCGCCAUCUUCAAGUCUCAUCACCGUGGGCCAGAGCCGGCGCCCCCACCGGCCCCCUACCCCUCCCGCAGCAUGCGGAGACUUCCCCAGUGUCCGCCGGUCCACCUCAGCCACCCUGUCCCCCUGUCCCUCACCCUGUCCCCCGGGCUGGCCAGACCCCCGCUGCCUCCGCCUCACAUCCACGUCCCACCGAGGGGGGCGUCCUUUCGAAGCGAGUCUCGCCAUAUCUCCUGCAGGAUGGUCAUGGAGUCGGAGAAGCCCAGUCCUCCUCAGAAACCCCUCCCGGCCGAUCCCAGGAGCUCUCGUCUGGGUCGAAGUUCCUCUGUGAUCCAAGGGCCCGCUGUUGUUUGCGGCCCUGUCCCAACACCUGGGGUGCCCAGACCUUUGCGCCCUGUCCCACACCCCAACAGACCCGGUCCCAAGCAACCACCAACACUACCAAAGCCUUGCAUAAUUGCCAACAUCAAAUACAGCAGCUGAGACGUUGGCCCAAUUCACGACAAGAAGACACUACAAGAAUUUGCACUAUGAAAACUUUGAAACCCUUAAAAAAGAUGGCGCCUUCUCCGAGUUUUUAAAUCGGGAGCUCUGCCGUGUCCCUUUGGUGCUCCGUCCCUGACUGGUGCUACGAGUCUGUGCUCAGGAACAUGUAAAGUAUUUAUAUUCUGUAUUUAUUGCCACCAGGUGCACUGUGCCAGACACUUUUACUACCCGGUAGCAACUUCAAAUGUUGUAUUUGUUGCUUGCGUCGGUUACACAAUUGUUUUUUUUCUUCUCUUCAUCAACUGGUCUACAUCAAAGACAGUGUCGGGAGAUUAAAACCUUUUUCUUUUCUUUUUUUAGAGCCAAUUUGUGAAAUUCUGUUGGCAGAACAUAUGAAAUAUGUUUUAAUGAAGGGAAUGCUUUGCAUGAUGGUGUUGUGCUGUAUACUACAGGAAGGGGUGAAGAGUGGCGUGCUAUGACAGAGGAGAACAGACAACACUUGUUGUUGUUUUUAAGGGUAAUGCUCUCAAUCUGAUGAGGCGUGAAACAACUCCAGAAAAAAUGAAAAAGUUGUGUUGUGCAAUCGGGGAAGAGGGACUGGUUGUUUGCACAGACAGCGGAAAUCCAUGUCUCUUUCCUCUGCAUUUACAUUUCGGAAAGGUGACAAGUCGAUUUGGGAAAUGUCACUUCCAUUUCCUUAACAAGACCCAGGAGGCUCAGUUGAGGGAUCUGGCCUCAGUUAUGAACCGAACAUAGAUCUAAAAUGAGGCGAGAUCAAGGAAGCAUCCGUUCCCCAGAGAGACCGAACGUCUCUGAAAUAUUGCUCUGCUAAAAAGGUCAUGUGUCUGUUUUUGAGCACUUCCUUGUGUGCCUGUGUCCACCGAGGACUCCGUGCGAAGCUGUGUGAAUAAAUCACAGCAUCACUGAGGACUUUCUUAAAGCUGUGGUCACGCAGGCGUCACGGAGGCCGUGUGAACCGCCCGUGUGCGGUGUUCACGUGUGGAUUUCUUGCCAUGUUUCUCUGUGACGGGAAAAGGACCGAUUCUCUCGACAAGGACACAUUUCUGGGUCUCUUUCUGCCACUUGAGUCAAGCGUCAUCUAAAAACUGCGUGGCAGUUAUUCGUUUUCUAUUUUUUUAACCUUUUUUUUAUUUGGCUUUUGGGAUGAGGGUUUUUUUAGAGCCAAUAUACACAAUCCUACAUACAUUGUAUUUGUGGUAAUUGAACAUGUUUGCCUAUACAUUCACACUGAGCAACUUUUCCUUUAAGCACAGCUCUCAUUCACUAAUAUGUAGGCUGAAAAGUGACUGAACUUUUGUUACUUUUGAUAUGGUUAUCUUUUUAAUAAUGCACUAGUUUUACAUUCAGUGCUUUGUUUACUUUGCUUUUCAAUGCGAUGUGUCCAUGUACUAGUAGACAGCAUUUGAGUCGUAUGGUAUGUCCAUAUGUUGCUUUGAUGUUGUGUUACAGGUGAACACAUUUUCAUGGAGAAUGCUUUUUUUAUACAAUGAUUGUUUGAUACAUCAUAUGUAAAGAAACCACUUAAAGUGUC